CCGGUUGGGGGCGUGGCCACUGUCGUGAAGUCGCUCGCGAGUUCGGCCGAGUCCGUGGGUCGAGCUUGUGGAGACCGCGUCGCUAACCAGGCAACACCGCCUCUUUAUCUCCGAACAGCCCCGGGCCCUCGCCGCAGCUUCCUGCAUUCUCAGCGCUCGUGCGUGCCCGGCCCUCGCGCACCUGCUGCGUGGCGAAAUUCUGCACGCGCGCGCCACCGUCGCCGCUUUCGUUGGGCGAAGCGGAGGAGCGGAACGACUGAACGCGGUUGCCGUGGUGGUGGUGGUUGUGGUGAGGAGAGAGGAGGGAGGAAAUCCCUGGGAUGAGCCGCGGCGCGCGGCAGUGAGGUGUGGUGGGGGGGGCCGCCCGGCAGACGGGGCGCGCGCAGCAUGAACGAGUCGCCUUCGUACGGCACGACGACCCUGCCCGAGAACACGCCGUUGUUCGGCGAGGCCUCGCGCAGGGAUCGAAUAAUCAACCUGGUCCUUGGCGUUUUCACAUCUCUGCUUGUUCUUACGACGCUGGUGGCUGCGUUCGUCCUUCCCAAGGGUGGCAGCUCGCACAUCCGAGGAGCCAAUGUCUACUUCGCUGUGUGCAUCCUGCUCAAUUGCAUACCGAUGAUCGUGCUCAUAAUCUGGUACCGGUUGGGUGACCUGGAGCCCAAGUUCCGCACUCUGAUCUACUACAUGUCCUUCACCAUGGUGCUGCUCUGCAUCUGUGCCAUUCUCUUCUUCAACAAGGUUGGGGAUUGACGGGGGAGUGGGGGGGGCCUUGGGAGAGGUGAGGUGACGUCUCAAUUAAACACAAGGUUUACCCGGAUGUAGUUGGGUAACGGUCAACCCUAACGUGUACCCUUAAGUGACUCGCACACAAUCGUACAAUUGUAUACAAACGGACCACCUCAAAUAUUUGCGCAUUGUGAUCGCCUGGCUGUGCACUUUGAAUUGUAUUUUUUCCAACUGAAUACCGACAAUGAUCCCCCUGCCCCCAGAGCUAUUGAUUUCCUAUUUUUUUCUAUUCAACAGAGGAUCGUGUGAAACAUUACAGUAAAUGUGUGUUUACACUGAAAAGUUGAUUCAACGGCUUUAUAAGACCUUUAAUUUCUGGCCAGUUUCUUGAUAGUCCGAUCGGAAAACAGUGUAACUGUUUUCCUAAAAUAUGGCCGAAAUUCAAACUCUCCUUGCUCAUCCUCUGUCAGCGGUCAUGAACCAUUGGCAGAAAUUUCACAUUUCCAUGGUUUAAACCAGUGCUUUGUUAGUCAGCAUGGUAUUCUUUUUAGUUUAGUGGAUGACAACCUGUUGCUAACGUAGAAAACAAUCACGAAAUUAUCAUUGCGUCCAGUGUAAAUACGGUGAGCAUUGAAUGGCUUCAUAAAGUCCACAGACUGCGACGUCACUAAAGUUCCGUCGGUUAUCGUCGACUGAAAAAUACUAAUGUGCCAACUUAGACGACGCUGGUCAAAACGCACUGCACGAACGUAUGGUGUCCCAUGUUAAUGGUCGGAACUCAUCAAGACGACAGCACGCAAGAGUCCUUUUGUUGCAUGAGGGAUAAGCCAGUGUUAUCUUGCCGUUUAAUUUCUCAUGUGCAAUUGUCAUCUGUUAUGUCACCAUAUCUCUUCUUAUUUGUGGCAUUCAAUAAAAUAAACGCUCUUUAGUUUUCUACAUGAUGACACGAGCAAUGCAUCAUAGACGGUCUGCUGUGCCAAGUAUUAGGCAUGUAACUAUGCACCAAUUUAAAUCUGAUUGUUAUGCUCAUAGUACAAAUGCUCACGACCCACUUGUACGUGUGUGAAUAGAUUAUUUAUAACUAAUACAAAAUGUAUGUUGAUCUUAUUUUUGGCGCGAAUGAAAUUGUACACAAAUGAGUCGAGCAAGAUGUCUGCCGACUACUUUCUUGCUUUCAAAUUUGUGUCCUUGGAAGCCUUAACGUGAACAAUCAUCAUAUAGUGAAACAGGGUAGUGAGUGGGCACUGGGCUUCUCACAGAUGCACUUGUUCGCCUGUCCUCUGCCGUGGGUUCCAGCCAUGUGCUUGCGCACACAUGCUAGUCAACACCAAAGCACGGGCCCAUCUAUGCAUUGGCUGGGCCACAAUAGCGGUAAAUAUCUCCAUUGCCCUUUUGGUCAAACACCCCACAGAUCCACCUGCAGUCUGCCUUAACAGUAAUUGUGUCUUGUGUGUGAAUCCGAGUUAUUUUUCUGUACGUGUUUCCGUCAAUCUGAAUGCUCAUGGCUGUGCCAAAUUGUACGCACCAGAAUAAAGUGGCAACUCGUUUGGGCUCGGCACGUUAGCGGGUGUGAUGCGUUCACGAGGUCAUGACUCGUACCGAUUCAUUUUGCAAUCUUCUAUGGCAAAAAUAUGCGAACAAACCGGCCAUCUGGCCUUUGUCAUUUUGACACUGAACAAGACGCGUAAUGAAAAAUAUUGGCUCUUUAUUCCUCGAAUGCGUUAUGGGUUUUUUUUUGAACUGACAUGAGUUAUGAAGUUGUCAUGAUCGAGAGUGUGUUUGUGUCUGAUGCUGACAACUGGGCCUGAAAUGAGGGAAUUUUGUUUCUUGCUGCUGCAAGACUUGCUAAAAAAAAUGACAUGUGUUUAUUUAUCUCUGUGUGUGAUCAUACGCAUCCAGGCAUAUGGUGAUUAUACAGCAGCCGUCGCUCGAAUUAAUCUAUUUGUUCAGAUUCUCGAUAAGGAAAAACCGUAUUCGUGACCAUUUUACUGCACACAACACAGUUUUGCUGCUGCUGGAUUCUAUCAGACUUGGUAAUUUGUUGAGUUUGGUCAGUCUGUUCUGGUCUGCGUGUUGGAGAACUGUUCAGCUUAUAUUGUAAUGCAACGAGCAUGAUUCAGAAUAUUGCAGGAGUUUAUAAUGUUGUGAUGUAUAGUGUACAGCCCGAAGAGAUUUAAUAUAAAAUCAUAUUUUUAUUACAGUGACAAUGACAAGGAAGCGGUAACCGGUACAAUGAUGCGUGCAACAAUCAGCAUGUAAAAUCUAUUUUUUUUAUUGAUACCGUCAAAUACACGACAAGCCAACAUGCAUGUGUUCACUGUAUUACACAGCACCUCCAGAAGAAUAUCUGAAUUGUUGUUCACUUUAUAUCGUGUUUCUUGCAAAAUACAUGGAAAUCCUAAAACAGUUGUGUUAGUUUGUGUGAUCGCACUUGGUACUGAAAUAACACUUGAUGAAACACAAACUUGGUAAUGCCAUCAAAUAUGUUUUCUGUUUGUCAAUGUGCUUCACGAUAAAAAUAAUUAUGCUUAACGAUAACCUCACUCGCUUGCUCUUUCAUUCCUGCGACAUGCUGCCUCCACACCGACUCAACAGUCUUUUGAGAAUUUUGACCUAUGGUCAAGAUGUUAAACAUUAUUGACAAACCAGCUCAUGUCCUCUUACGAGUGGAUCUAGAAUCUAAAAAUCUGGCUGCCUUUUUUAUACCAUUCAUGUGUUUUGGCAGUUAACUUUGAUGUUCACACUUCACAAAUUUCUCAUUUUAUACAGAUACCACAAUUUGUAAGUAGGGCAUUUCACUAUGGUUAUGUCAAGAAGAUAAUGUCAUGAUAAUCCCUAAUAAAUAUGUAAUUGGGUGCGUUUGUAAUGUUGCUUUACCUACUGCACUGGAAAAUUAUAAUGGGCACACUUUUAGUCGAGGUGGAAUGAUGAGUUGAUUCAUCCAUUAAUAUUGUUUCCUAAUCUUAUGAUGCACACAUUGAUGUUUAUUUUUUAUUUUGACCUUUUUGUAUGCAAUGGUGUCGCGUGAUGCUGUAGCCAUUGGACACGUUACCAUUCGCAUUUCUUGAAUUCAGUUUUGGCAAUGAAUUGAAGCUUUCGGGGGAAUUGAUCAUUACAUCCCUAACUUUGAGCUCUAAAUCAGUGUGUGAUGAAACUGUUCUGUAUUACCCCGGUACAGAUAUUGUCAACUAUUUGUUCAUGAACCCUCUAAACGAGCCUCAGAUGCUGUUAAGGAGUUUGCCAAAAGCUUACGGAGCCCUCGGUCCAAAAUAGUUUGAGAAUCUCUAUUCUGGCAGGUGUUGUGAUUUUUUUCCACUCCGUUAAUGGCAAACCAAUUUUUGACACGGCCUGUAUUUUGUCCUAAAAACAGCCUCAAUAAUUAACUGAAUAAGAGAGUAAGUGACUAUUUACAGAAUGUAUUUUCUGCUGCCAAGCGUAUACCUUGUGAAUGAACGUAUAAACAUAGCCCCUACUUAAUGAACAAAUAAAUCCUGAAAGUAUGGUCUCGUAAUGACAACCUGGGAUUUGUACACCUAGCCAAAGAUUCAUUUGGCAAUCUGCGAGAAUGUGCUUGGCAGCGUUGCUUAUACUCACCUUUGAUA